AUACGUCAUCUCGACCAAUCAAGUCUUGCCGACUGGAAAAUAAAAUACAGGGAAUCUAACCUCUUUGGCCGUCCGAAAAAUAUCGAAAUUGAAGUGUGUGCGUGUCAUGAUUUCGUUCGGUGGUUGAUGGUUGUCAAAAAUGGUCCAAGCCGGUUCGAAAAAAGCGUCGAUAUCCAAAAUAAACACCAAAGCCGGAAUCAGCAGUCUGAUCAUAUUCGUCGUCCUUCUUUUAGCAUGGAUCGCCGGGUUUUCUUCUCGUCUGUUCGCCGUCAUCCGGUUCGAAAGUAUCAUUCACGAAUUCGAUCCAUGGUUCAAUUACCGAGCCACGGCUUACAUGGUGAAACAUGGGUUCUAUAAUUUCUUGAAUUGGUUCGACGAGCGAGCGUGGUAUCCUUUGGGAAGGAUCGUAGGGGGUACCGUGUACCCCGGCUUGAUGCUCACUUCGGGCAGUAUUCAUUACGUUUUGCAUCUGUUGCAUAUUAACGUUCAUAUACGCGAUAUUUGCGUAUUUUUGGCUCCUGUAUUCAGUGGAUUAACAUCGAUAUCUACUUACUUGUUAACGAAGGAAUUAUGGUCAGCGGGAGCCGGCUUGUUCGCGGCCUGUUUCAUCGCCAUUGUGCCUGGUUACAUAAGCCGAUCGGUGGCGGGUAGUUACGACAAUGAAGGAAUCGCCAUUUUUGCCUUACAAUUCACCUACUACCUAUGGAUCAAAUCGGUGAAAACCGGCUCCGUGUUUUGGGCGGUAGCCGCCUCGUUGUCCUACUUUUACAUGGUGUCCGCAUGGGGAGGCUACGUGUUCAUCAUAAACCUGAUACCGCUCCACGUGUUUGUGCUGCUGCUGAUGGGCAGAUACUCCAACAGGCUGUUCACCAGUUACACGACUUUCUACAUACUCGGUUUGAUUUUCUCGAUGCAGAUCCCGUUCGUCGGGUUCCAGCCGAUUCGAACCAGCGAACACAUGGCCGCCGGAGGUGUAUUCGCUCUGAUGUUCGCCGUCGGCGUGUUGAAAUAUCUCCAAUCGAUGCUCUCCAAAACGGAAUUCAAAUCGCUGGUCGUGUUCGGGGGGUUGAUAGCCGCUGGGGUGGUUUUCCUCGCCGUGGUUUUGCUCACUUACGCCGGCUAUGUAGCUCCUUGGAGCGGAAGAUUCUACUCUCUGUGGGAUACCGGAUACGCCAAGAUACACAUACCGAUCAUAGCUUCGGUAUCGGAACACCAGCCCACCACUUGGUUCUCGUUCUUCUUCGAUUUGCACAUCUUGGUGGCCACGUUUCCCGCCGGAUUGUGGUACACCAUUAAGAACAUCAACGACGAGCGAGUGUUCGUGGUGUUGUACGCAUUGAGCGCCGUCUAUUUCGCCGGCGUAAUGGUCCGUCUGAUGCUCACCCUGACGCCGGUCGUGUGCAUUUUGAGCGGCGUCGCCUUCUCCGGCCUGCUGGAGCUGUUCCUGCGCGAGGACGACAACAAUCGCGUCGAAGACAGCGAGGAGGACGAGCAGAGCACGCCCAGCAAACGGUUAUACGACAAAGCCGGUAAGGUGCCGAAAAUGAAGCACGAACAGACGCGCGACACCGACAGCAUAGGCCCGAACCUGAGGAGCAUUGUGACCGUGGUGAUUUUGUUGUUGCUCAUGCUGUUUGCGGUGCAUUGUACUUGGGUGACGAGCAACGCCUACUCGAGCCCGAGCAUCGUGUUGGCCUCGUACGGCAGCGACGGCUCCCGGCAGAUACUCGACGAUUUCAGGGAGGCCUAUUUCUGGCUGUCGCAAAACACCGCCGACUACGCCCGAGUAAUGAGCUGGUGGGAUUACGGAUAUCAGAUAGCCGGUAUGGCGAAUCGAACGACUUUAGUGGAUAAUAACACGUGGAACAACAGCCACAUAGCGUUGGUGGGUAAGGCUAUGUCUUCGAACGAAUCGGCCGCGUACGAAAUCAUGACGGCCUUGGACGUGGAUUACGUUUUGGUGAUAUUCGGCGGGGUGAUCGGUUACUCGGGCGACGACAUCAACAAGUUCUUGUGGAUGGUGAGGAUCGCCGAAGGGGAACAUCCGAAGGAUAUUAGAGAAAGCGAUUAUUUCACGGAGCACGGGGAGUUUCGGGUGGACGCGGAAGGUUCGCCGACGCUCUUGAAUUGCUUGAUGUACAAGUUGAGUUAUUACCGUUUCGGCGAGUUGAAAUUGGAUUAUAGAAGUCCGGCUGGAUUCGAUCGUACUAGAAACGCUGUUAUAGGCAAUAAGGAUUUCCAAUUGACGUAUUUGGAGGAGGCCUACACUACGGAGCAUUGGUUGGUGAGGGUUUACAGGGUUAAAAAACCAGAAGAAUUCAAUCGUCCCAGGAUUCCCGUAGCUAACAGGGUUGUAAAAUCCAGUAAAUAUAUUUCAAAAAAGAAUACCAAGCGCAAAAAGGGUGUCAUAAAGAACAGGCCACAAAUUGUGAAAGGAAAGAGACUGUCUUCACAGAAGUUGAAGUAAAACCUUAAUAAUUAGUUGUAUAGUUUAAAUGAUUUUUUUUUGUUAAAUGGUUAUUGUUUUACUUUUUUUUUCUAAAAAAACGAACUUUUCCCAAUUCAAUUUUAAACCAAUAAGAUAUAUUCACGAUUUACAAU